CGACGCUGAGCAUUGCGCGAAGCCGUAACAUAUACCUUCCAGACUCAGCCUUACAACAUGCUACCCAGCCCAUCCUCCUCACCUGCGCGUCCUGUUCUCCAUGACCGCGUCAACGAAGAGCAGGCAGUGACGCCCACGCACAGGAAGACCACGACCUUCCUGCCAACACCCCGAGCCAGCGAGAAGAAGAGAAGGCCUGGUACCUCCGAUCUCUUCUUUGCGAACAAACGCCCAAGGAUAUCCUCCGACUCGUCCGACGAUGAAGAUGAGAGCAGCGAGGAAGAGGAUGUUUUCAGGGCUCCACGCUGUCGCGUCAGGCUUCCUAAUCAGCUGCUGGAGAGCUCGAGACAAAGACAGACCUGGGGCGUGCAGAGCUACUCUACUCGCCCAAUCCUGCAGACGUUCGUAUCGUCAUCGAAGACAGACGUAUACACAUGUCGAUCUGAGGACACGGGGAAUGUCAUUCCACCGUACGCUUGCGAGUAUACCAACAAAUCUAGACGAGGAGAAGAGUCGGUACUUGCCGUUGCAACGGAGGAGGGCAGCGUUCAGAUCAUCAAGACCGCUCCGCGCGAUCCAUGGGAUCCCGAACCUCAGCGCACCAACCUGCGCCCUCACACAAACGGCAUUUUCAGCCUCAGAUGGGAUGCGACGGACACACUACUGGCCACUUCCGGCGGCGAUCUCAGUACCCACAUCAGCAACGUCACGACAGCCGAACUCGUCUGCACGCUACGCGCUCAUGUCUCGACCGUCAAGACAUCCAUAUGGGAUCCCGCUCACCGUGAUAUUCUGGCGACUGGCGGGCGUGACGGAUGCAUUCAUAUCUGGGAUUUGCGGGCUGCAGAGCGACGGAACGAGGAUGGGUCGCUCACGCCCGUGAAGAGCAUCGUUCGCGCGCACGAAGAGUCCUCGCAGAAGCCAAAAGGCAGGAAGGCGAAGUCGCCGCCUAUGCCGAAAGGCGUCACGAGCUUGGCGUACACGGAUACGAUGCCCUACGCCUUAUUUAGCAGCGGGUCUGCCGACGGGAUUCUCCGCUACUGGGACCUCCGCGACCCCAAGCCAGCCCGACGCACCAAGCGAACCAAGCCAAUCGAAAUCUCCGAACCACUCCUCAUAUCUCCCACCGACCCCACCAUCUCCCAAGGCGCCCGCCGGCCCCGCGGCAUCGCAAGCAUCGUCUCCGGCCAUGGGCCCACCUCCGGCCUGCUCUUCGCCCUCGGCCUCGACUCGCGCAUUCACACCUAUUCUGCCCACACCCUCGACCCGCUGCCCUUCAGCUGCGCGCACGACCGCAUGCAGACGAACAACUUCUACCUCGGGCUGGACUUGUCCCCCUGCGGGCGGUGGCUGGCGAGUGGGAGCACUGGCGGUCAAGGGAGGGCCUUCUUGUAUGAUGUGGCGAAUGCAGGGCGGCCAGGGAGUGCGUCAGUUGCUGGCGUAGAGCUGAAGGGGCAGGUGGGAGAUGUGGGCGCGGUCAGCUGGGCAAGGGACUCGCUGGCGACGUGUGCGGACGAUGGGACUGUGAGAGUUUGGCGGCCAGACGUCGCGCGGUAUCGACAGUGCCGAGCGGAUCCUACGGACUCGGAGUGGACGUGGAGUUGGGCAAGGGAUUAAUUUGUGUGUGCGUGCUGUACUUGUUGCAUGUCAAUGGAAGCUACUGCCGUACAUGUGCUUGGAAUCCACAACGAUGCUAUUGUGAUUUA